UGCUAAAGAAAAACGGCCGAUUCUUGCGUCGUGAACGUGUUGUGAAAUUAUUUUGCCUACAAUUUUAUUAUUUUCGAAUUGACGAUAGAUUUAGCAUUGGUUGUUGAUUGUCUAAAUAAUAAAUUUUACGUAUUUGUAGUGUCCAGUGUUUUACAUACGUUGUUGUGUGAGAUUGCACGUUUUUUUGAGAAUUCAUAACAUCAGUCUACUUUGUUCCUGUAACCUGCCUGCCCUGUGGAUUUUAAAAGAAUACCGCAACGCCUUCAACGCCUACCUCCAAGCCUUAGCCUGUACUCAUCACUGCCAGUUAAUCCGCCCAGGAAAACGCUUGAUGUCGCCAUGCUAGACAAGACUCAUAGGUGUAAGAGCAUAAACGAUAACCAAGACGAAGACUGUUUGUGUACGUGACAGCAUCUGGAGUCUGAGGACGAUAUGAGCCAAUCAGCGGACGAGGCCCGCGCGGCCAGGAUCCAGAGGUACAAGGAAGAGCGGAGGAAGCAGCUCACCGCUAGAACAGCCACUUUGUUCUCCGCUAACGUUACAGAAAGGCGUCCAAAGAAAGCAGCUACUCGGUCACCUUUAGAAAAUACUGUUACGAACCUCAAGUCUUCCUCAGAAUUAAACUUGAAUACAGCUUCAACUUCAGUGCCUAUAAGAACUACGCGAACGUCGCGCCUGAGAGCUGCCGCGGCCAUCAGUUCGGAGUCCUGCCAGUUGACGAAAAAAUCACCCAGAAGCUCUUCGGUGCAAAAUCUGUUAGAAGAUGAAAAAAACAAAACACCAAAAUCCGCCAAAAUUAUAGAUAGAGACAAAACUCGACCAAAUUCCAAUAGAAGGCAAAGUCAUGAAAAAGAAAAUUUGAAAAGCGCGUCGACAACAUGCUUUCCUGAGAAAGAUAAUGGUGCUAUUAGAUCGAAACUUAAACAUUCCACUAAUAAAAAUAUUUUAGAAAAAGACAAAAGUAAUUGUUUAGUCAUUAGUCCUAAAGGAAAAAACGUUGGCGAAAAGAAUAGUUCAAAAGUAGAAGAGAAGAAAUCUAAAGUGUCUGUGACUGAAGAAAUUAAAGUAGAUAGCAUAACGGAUGACGAUAAGAAUAUUGAUGUUGAUGACAUAUUGAAUGAUAUUCUUGGUAAUAAAAGUAAUUCCAGUAGUUCAGAGAGAGAUAGGUUCGAUGUUUUAUAUAAUGAUUUGAUUGUUGAUAGUAAGAAAGUUGAAAUUCAAGUUAACGAUGUUCCUGUAGAAGAAAAGAUUUCGCCCCAAGAAAAGGCGGUCAAAAGUAGUCACAAAAAUUCAUACAUUCCCGUUAAAGAAGCGACACCUGUUGGUAAAAUUGAUGACAUUGUGAAAGUGGAAAAAUGCGGUGUGCCAAAAAAUGUGAAGACUGAAGUGGGGUUAUUAGGUGCUGUGUGUGUUCGUAAAGUAGAAAGAUUUAGUGAAUUGCUCAGUAAUCUGUGUUCUCCGUGUGAAGCUGAUAUCUUGUUUGAGGACAUUCUUGUCGAAAAUGGGAUCGAUGGUGUUAACAGCCCGCGUGCCAAAGCACCAGAAUGCACGCCACCAUGUCGCCGCGCGCAGGUCUUUCCGCGUGUGGCGAGCACGCCGAAGCGCGCGCCAGUCCCAACGCCGGUCGACGCAGACGGAACUGCUACGAAAUCCAGAAACCGUCGGUCCUUAGAAGCGCCUCAUUCUAAGAUCGAAACUGCACUACAGUCUUCCAAAGUAUCGCCUAAAAAUAACUCAAAUGCACAUUUCGGAUUCAAAUCCAUUUCCAUAAAAUCUUCAUCAAACAAAACUCCUGAAAAACGCCGUAGUUCUGAUAGUGGCAACGCUAAGCCAAGUUGCAUUCCUUUGUCCAAAAAAACUCCAGAAAAACAAAAUUCGAUAUCUCCAGUUAAACACGAAUCAAUCAGAGAAGCAAAUUUGAAAGUAGAUAAUUCUAAAGCAAAACUGGAGUUUCGAAAUAGAUGUUUUCGAAGAAGCCCUGACAAAACAAAAAGUGAUUCAGAAAACUCGCGAAACGAUAGAAUACAACGAGCUCAAAAAGAUAAUGAAAGUCUUAACGAAAAAUAUCAUAAUUCAAAGAAAAGACUGACUAGUUUAGAUAAUUCUUCGAAAGACGGUAACGAUACUAAAAACAUAACUAGUAAAAUUUUAUCAAAUGAUAGUUCUAAUGCGAAAUUUAACGUGGAUUCGAACGUUGGUGAGUUAAAUAAAUCAAAAGCUGGCAAUAAAAUGUCUACACUCCACGAAACUGUGAGACCACAUGCGAGCUCCCGACUUUCGCAAGAGAUGGACAACUUAGCUGCUUUGACUAAACAAACUUUAGAUAGAGUUAAUAAAUUAUCGAAUAACUUAACUAGUAAUAAGGUUCAUGUGACUUUGACUGAGACUCCUCGUUAUGAUACUUUAUUUACAUCAAGCCCUGACUCAAAAUUUAGUAACCAUGCCUAUAAUUACGGCCUUGUCAAUGAAAGACCAGUUGUAAGUAGAGGAGUCGCAGAAAGAUUAAACGAUAUUGACACGGCGGGUCAGAGGCUUAUCGACUUUGAAAAACAAAGUGCAAUGUUUUCUGAUCUCAAUAAUGAUUCGUCUAGUCAAAAUCGCCGUCUCGAUACCUCGUCGACGUUUCACCAUACGCCUGUGUCAAUAUUAAAAAGAAAGUCACUUCACGAAGAGAGCAAUACUGCGAAUAUUCCCAACCAUACGAUAACCACUCCACCUGUCACGUUUUCACCUAGCGUGGUCGAACCACGUAAUGGUCACUCUGGGCGUCAGGGUAUUUUAAAGAAACGACGUAGUUUGGAUGAAUCACAAGUAGCAAGACGAAGGUCUUGCAGCCCGGAAGUGUCAUUUGCUGAAGAUGGUUCUCCUAGUAAACCCAUCUUAAAAAAUAGAAGGUCGUCCUUGGAAGACGUUGUAAGAAAUAGAUCUCCAGAUGGGCAAAUACAAGGAAUUUUAAAAAGAAAAAUGAGCCGAGAAGAAGACCACUUAAAUGACAAUGACAUUUCACAUGGUUCUCCCGAGCCACAUGGAAUUUUAAAAAGAAAAUCAAAUUCAAGCUCUAGUAGUAGUACCACAUCCUCUCACGUAUCGAUUGCUCAGGCUGUGCUGCUAGCAGCUGCGGGUGGCGCUGAACUCGUCGAAGAAGACAAAGAAACCGUGAGGCCUAUACUCAAGAAAAAGAGUUUUUCUGAAGAACGGCCUUCUCCAGAUAUUUUACUACCAGAGACACCGAAACCCAUACUAAAAAAGAAAUCGACUGAACACGAUGAUUACGACUUCGAUCUUCCGAAAAAACCAAUACUUAAAUCAUCGAAAAAGCUGUCUGGGGAUGAAGGACAUACUUCUAGUUUCGAUAUAAGCGAAGACGACCGAAGUUCCCGAAGACCGUCCUUACUUAGAUCGCGGACUUCUGACCAUUCUGGCUCAGAAUGUGAGGCGGCAGUCAAACCGAUUUUAAAGCAGAGAGGCUCAAGUCUAACCAGGGAACGCAGCCAAUCGCCGCGCCCACGGCUCUCAUUCUGUGCAGACAACGAUGUAAAUAUUAGUGCGACAAAUUUUAGUAGUGAUGCGAGCGACUUGUUGGCGGCUGGACCGCGGCGUGUCAUAAAUCUCGCUGCCGACCCGGAAGAAAGUUUCCCGAGUGCAGUGAUUCGUCGGCGAAAUCAACGACCGAAAGCGAAUCCCCGGUCAAUGAGCUUAGUGUGUGACGUGAAUGACGAACUUAUUUCGAUUUUAAACAAUCGCCGCCUGAAAGUGGAUGAGGACUGUGAAAACGGCAGUAGUGAUUGGGAUAGGGAUAAAUCGGACAUUGAAAGCAAUCGUAAAUCUUUUCCAUCAAUAGCUUCCCGAAUAAAGAGCAUGGAAGAAGCUCUAACUAAAGACAAUUUUUUGAAAGAUCAACCUUCGACAUCGAAAUUGAAAAAUCGUGAUAAAGAGCGCCACAAAACUCAACCAGUUACCAUAGAUGAAAUGAGAUCAGUAACUUCAAGUUUGGAGCCGAGCCAAGCGAAUUUCCAAGCGUUCGGCAUCGCGGGCUGUAGUUUUCCGAGUUGUUCCGUCGAGUCCGGUGCUGUUCCUUCAGACCAGGGCCCCUACGUGGGAGAACCCGAGCGAGAUCCUUUCGCUGACCCAGACUUUCCCCCGUACGACUCCAACCUAUUUAGUGAGAAGCUGCCCUUAGUCAACGGUGCUUUAAAACAUGUCAAAGCCAAGGACGAUAGCUUCGGCGAGGCAACGUUUCUAGAAUUCGAAAAAAUUUGCAGCAAUGGAAAACAAUCUACUCUGGAUGAAAUCGAGCAAGAAGUAAACAAAGUGCGCGUCGCUCUAGACGAAGACAGCCGUGCCUUGGACGAGGACGAAAGCAAUCAAGCGGAGGCAGACAAUUGGAGCUUGAACGUGUCCUGCGACAGCGGCGUUUACAAUCGCGCCUCAUCCCGCGACUCCGGCCCUCACUCCGGCGAGGAGUUGGGCUUGAUCGAGAGUCAGGAAAUACAAGCCAACCACGCGACCAACAGCAGCAACGAUUGGUCAUCGACAUCUUUAGAUCAGAGUAUUAUUUUCAAUAUGGAUCGCGUGAGGAAGUCCACUGAGAACGAAGCUCUUCGGAGUCCGGAUGAAAGGGGGAGCGAUGAAGACAAUGAGCAUUCCGGAUUUGCUCUGGGCUUAGUGAAAAGCAACAGUGUGGUCGCUCGAGCCAGCAUGUGGCAACAGUUACAACAACAAGCCAAAGGCUCACCGAAACCGCUGAUUCGUCACAGUCGCUCAAAGGUAAAGGAGGGACCUCCAGUGGUGGAGCGGUUCAGCACGCAAGCAGUUCCUGAUAUAUCCCCCGAACCCACCAGCCCUAAGGAAGCAUUCUCUCUCAUUCAAUCCAAAAGCACUGCCAAUGUGUUAGACAGAGACGAAGAUGCUAAGCUAGACGAGGACGAUCCGGCCAAGAUGUCUCUCGCCGAGAAGAUGAAGAUGUUCAACUCGAAGUUGACGCACAAACCUCCCGUUGCCGGACUACCGAGGUCUAAGGAAGAGAGAGUGCCUCGAGCGUCGAGGCUCAGAACGAUGCCGGUCCUCGCGAGUCAAGUCCAAGAGGCGUUGGACCAAAACGAAAGGAUGUCCAAAUCCCUCACCCACGAGGACGUCCCACGUUGCAAUGAUUUUCAACUAAAAAUGGAACUGUUCCGAUCGGCGAGCGCAAAGAACACAUCUUUAGCGUAUCUAAUGAGGCAGAACUCGAAGUUUAGAAGCUUAGACGUGGAAGACGAUACGCCAGCGCAAAGGAUGAUAACGCCCGAAGUGAGGGGCAUCUUAAAGUCUGGAUUAACUGUGGUGCCUUCAAAGCCGACUUUGGCUAAGGGCGAGAGCUCUGAGGGUCUUAAAGACGAAGGCAUCGAUAGUUCAUCAGACGAAUCCGCAUCUGCAUCCAGCGUGUCGUCGUCAGAGAAGAGCUGCUCCUCAUCAGAUAGUUCCGACGAAGUGCCAGAGAAGCCUAGAAGGUUCCAGAGAAAGAAUAACAAACUAAAAGCCUCUAGAACCGAGUCAGAUAUCGUCAAACUAAACCACGAUCCAUUCCCACGAAAGAUCCAACUACCAGGUGCAAAUGAGUUGAAGGAGCGUAUCGCCCAAGCGAAAAAUCCAGAUGUUAAAAUCCCUAUAUUAGCUAAACUUGGCAGGAAACCAGCUGAAGAGGUGAAAAGCGACGAUGAUAAAGCCAGAUAUAGGAGAUUUGUCAAAAAAAUCGACGAACCUUUACAAUUGGGUAAACUUCGACGGCCGAUGGAAAAAACUUCUUCUGUAGAGGAAAAGCCACCGAUAUUGAAAAUCUCGGCGUUGAAUCAGGCGGCGAAGAAUAAGUUCUUCGGCUUGGAAACCGAGAAGAAGGAGAAAAGUGUUGACGAAAUGGCCGCUGCUGUUAAAAAAUACAUUCCACCCAUGAGCAAGUCGAUAUCCCACCACGCGAUGGAAAUUGGCGGCUCGGGCAGUGACGGCGAGAGCAGCGGCGGCCGCGAGGUGCGACACAUCAACAUGAGACGCCACAGGUUUGGCGCCGGGGUGCAACGGAGCGCCACCCAAGCUGACAUGCCGAACCGAGGGGGCACAAUCGCUGAAAGAUUGGCGGCUCUUCAGGCGGCGGGCGCGAACGACUGGCGGGCGAGGGUGUGCCGACUGAGCCCCGACCGGGAAGACAGCAAGGCGAUAGAGCGAGCCAAGAAUAAGAUCAAUGAAUCAUUGAAUGCAGCUGUCGAUGAUAAGAAGAAGGUGCUCAUUGAUGACAGUGAAUUAGGGUCUAACAUUCUUGCCGAUCGAAGAACCAAACUAGAAACAGCUGCACAGGGAUGGCGAAAACGUGUGCCACAGAACGACGCGUCGCUGUUCACGGUAGCGGGGCGCCUGGAACGCGACAAAGUUACGACCGCGACACCUCCGAUCACGCCGCCGCCCGCCACCACCCCGCCGGCGUCCUCGCCCGUCGUCACGCCGGCUGUACCACCGCCGAACAGAUUCAGAUCUCGCAAAGCUCCCACAUCCCCUACCAACGGUUUUGCAUCGGGACCACUACGAUCAGCAUCAUGUGCGGUCAUGAGUGCAGUUGUCGACAACAAGCCCAAAGAAGCGCCCAAGAUCGACCGCGAGUCAUUCAAACGGAGCCAUUCUGUGAGCGAGAGCAUCAGUCGAGUCGACGAGAAGGAAGAAAUAUCACCAGGGGCGGAGAAAUCUGGGUGUCACGUCAGAGUUCCGCGGGCGGACGACGAGACGUUCCAGGCUUUCUUCGCGCCCGCGCUGCAGCAGGAGAUCAUCCUGACAGCGGACGUGGAAGUCGAUCUGGACGCCAUCGACAGUGGUUCUAGACAUUUACUAACAAGCGAAUGGGCGCGGCGAGCCAAGCGCGAGAGGCGGCACGCUGCGUCGCGCAACCCGCUGCGAGCGCUGGCCGCGCGGACCGACUUGCGGGAGGAGUACCUCGCGCAGCCGCUCACCAUCCGCGACCAGUUGAUUAAGGAGAAAAUAACAGCCAACUGUGGUCUAGCGGCGGAGGCGUUAGCGGCGCUCGCGAGUAAGGAGGACUUUUCCAACGUCGCCCUGCGGAGUGCGUCGGCUACCAACAUCCCCAGCCAAGGCACUAAGCCACUCAUGAUGCUGCAGGUUAAGGGACGAAGACGAGUGCAGACUCGUCUGGUGGAGCCCGUGCACACGAGUGUGAACCGCGGCGACUGCUUCCUGCUGCUCACUUCCGAUCAGCUCUUCCAGUACAUUGGACUCUAUGCCAAUGUUAUUGAAAGAAAUCGGAGCACAGAUAUCGCACAACAUAUACUGAAUACGAAGGAUCUCGGUUGCAAAACCUCAAAUGGACUAAUUAAAAUAGAUGAACAAACCAAAAAUUUCUCAAACAAACAUUGGAACCAAUUCUGGUCUCUACUCGGAGUUACCGAGGGAAUAGAGGAGUACAAACCGGUGGAAACUGGCUGUGCUGACGAAGAUGAAAUCUUCGAGUCGUGCAUCGUACAAACGAAUAUGUGCUACGAAGUGAUAGACGAUGAACUAGUGCCAAUUAAAGAGUAUUGGGGUCAACUACCAAAGAUUGCCAUGUUGCACCAAUCCAAAGUCAUCGUAUUCGACUUCGGCUCAGAAAUGUAUAUUUGGUAUGGGAAAAACGUUCCCCUGGAAAGCCGAAGACGGGCUGCACAGCUAGCACAAGAACUCUUCGAUGAAGGUUACAACUAUGAAGAAUGCCAUAUAAAUCCUUUGAAUGCUGCUGCGUAUCAAGGCGCUAGAGAAGAAUCAAAUACAACCAUCAAAUCUGCCAAAACCAGACCAGAAUGGGCAAUACUGUCCAAAGUCACUCAACAUAUGGAAACUAUUCUGUUCAAGGAGAAAUUCCUGGAUUGGCCGGAUUACAGCCGCGUAAUCAAGGUCAAACUGCAGGAGUACAAAUCCAACAGUACCGAAAUCAACCCUUGUGAUGCUGAAGAAAUGUGGUCCAACGAAUACCAAGACCCUGAUCUCAUAUUAGAAGGGUCUCAUGUCGGUCGUGGAACACAAUAUUACGAUAAAGAGUCGAUGCGCCACUACGAUAUUAAGACCAAAUCUGUUUGCAAGUGGGUUAUACAAGAGUACGACUAUCAGAAAGUCGACAACGAAGAGGAGAUUGGAGAAUUUUUCUCCAGUGACAGUUAUAUUAUCAGAUGGGAGUACCAAAUUACGGUUACUGGUCGCGAACUAAACGGAAAACCGUCGAAACACAACUUGACCGGUAGAGACCGUUGUACGUAUUUCUGCUGGCAGGGCAAAGACGCUUCCUCCAACGAAAAAGGUGCUGCAGCUUUACUUACUGUAGAAUUAGAUAGGGAAAAGGGACCUCAAGUGAGAGUAGCUCAGGGCAACGAACCGCCUGCGUUUUUGAAUCUCUUCCAAGGAAAAUUGGUGAUUCACCAAGGCAAGAAAGGAACAGACAAAAGCCGAUACCGAUUAUUCGUAACUCGGGGCAAUCUUUCUAAUGAAGCCUAUAUGCUACAAGUUUCGUGCUCAGUGCGGCAAUUGCGAAGCCGCGGGUCGUUAAUUCUAGUCGAUACAGAAAAGUCGUGCGUAUACGUUUGGCACGGAUCGCGAAGUAUGAAGCACACAAAGCAGAUAGCUGUUGAACUCGCGAAUAAGUUAGUAGCUCGAAAGAGUUACUUGUUCGGAAGCGAAGAAGUAAAGAUCUCUGAAAUGAAAGAAGGCGAGGAAUCCAAGGAAUUUCUGGACGGUUUGGGGGUGACCAACAAACAGUACUAUAGUUCUGUCCUCAGCGGGACGAAGGAUUGCGGAGGGGAUACGACGGCUAGGCUGUUCCACUUCACGGACCUUGGGGGUCAAUUCGAGGCCAAUGAGGUGCUGUCGCCGCUCCGGCAUGAGACUCUGGCGACACCCUUUCCUUUUGAACAAAAGGAGUUGUAUUUGGCUUCGCAGCCAGCUCUGUUCAUGCUAGAUGACGGCGAGUGUGUGUGGGUGUGGCAGGGCUGGUGGCCGCGCGGGGAGGACGGGGAGCUGGAGCCCGCGGAGAGGAACACCGGCGUAGGAGCGUUCGCGGGUCGAUGGCAAGCGAUGCGCGCGGCCGCCCUACGCACAGCUGACGCGUACUGGCGCGUGUCUCGGCCCACUCGGCCCGACGUGCGCGUCGUGGCCGCGGGGCUCGAGCCGCACUCCUUCACCGCGCUGUUCGACACGUGGGCCGAGCACGACGAGGCCGCUGAGGCUAACAUCGCGCACGGCUACAAGGCGGGCGAGGUGGUGAGCGGCGCGGUGGAGCUGUCGCGGCUCACGAGCUGCGACGCGGUGCUGCCGCUGGCCGCGCUGCAGCGCCGCCCGCUGCCCGACCACGUCGACCCGCACCACCUCGAGAGACAUCUCUCUUCGCCUGAUUUCCUGGAGGCAUUCGGCAUGACCAAAGAGGAGUUUUCAGUGCUACCCGCAUGGAAACAGACCAACAUGAAGAAGGACGUUGGUUUGUUUUGACCCGUCGGCCAUCUUGAGUUGUGUCCCACCAAUGCGAUCGCAGCGUCGUCCGCCAUUGCGGCCUGAUGGUCCUUCGAGCCGGAGUCGCGGCCUAGUGGUCCUUCGAGCCGGAGUCGCGACCAUAGUGUAGAUAUUUUGUACAACUGUUAUGCGUCUCAAAUUAGAAUAAGACAGGUCUUUUGACAUGUUUAUAUUAUGUAAGUUGGUUGUUUCAGUCGCACUAUGUUAGUUAUCUCACUCACACAGGCGUGCGUAUAAAUAUAACCGGUAAAGUAUGGAAAAAUACAAAAAAGUGUUUUAGAAGUAUUCCCCCAUUUCUUCACUUCCUAAAAAACUUUUUAGUUUUUCCGCUACACUUGAAAACUUUCUUUGUAUUCCUUGUCUUGUCGAAAUUUAAAAAUAUAAAUAACCAUUAUCGUUCCGUAAUUUCAUACUAAUUUUCCUCCUUUAUAAAUAAAAAUUGAUCAUAUUACUUCCUACUUUUUUAUACAGUAUUAUGUAUUUGCCGAUUUUUUGCCGUUACUAUUAAAGUUGUGUGAUCGAGUGAAGUCAGCCAACGGCCCUUCCUAUUGUGGUUUAAGACGCACCGUACAGUUAUUUCGUACUUUUUUACUGAGGAAUGUCUGAAAGGAUUUGAUAGAGGUUAAGGAGCACGCUUUACCACAAUAAUUAUAGCGAUGGAGAAAAAAAAAAUGUUUAAGUACUAACGAAAUGUAACUAUGUAUUCGUUGACGUGAUAUUUUUGUGUAACCGUCGUAGUUUAGGCGCGUAGUAACGCGAUAGGAUUUGAAGUUCGGAAUUGUAUCGAAUGUUGUUAUAUUUGUCGCAUCCAUUGCAUGGUAUCAUUGACAUUGGUGUUGAUUCUGAUGUAUUUCUCUGAACUGAAUUUAAAGUAUCUGCGUCCCUUUCUUUUCAAUAAAUCUAAAAAAAGACGGUAAAUGAAUUCUAAAUUAACAACUUUUUUUGUGCUGUACCUUAAACACUAUGCUCAAGACUGACUCCUAAAGUCAUGAGGUUUGACAGUUUUAAAUUAAAAUUUGUUUGUCUGUCCUUUUCUUGGCAAAAAAAGAUGCGAAUACUCUAAAAUUUACUUGCCAUCGGAAUCAGUACCACUAUACAAACAAGACUCCCAAUCGUUAAAAAUAAAAUUCUUCAAAAAUGUUCUAACAGCUGUGACAAAUUCACUCAAAAGACUUUAUUGUACUAUGAUAAAGUGCAAUUUCAAAUGUUCAAAACUGGACAGAAAAAUUAUCCCUUGUAGCCGCGUGAGCAUUUGAUUGUGGAUUCUUGCUGAUAUAGUAAGUCAAUGCAUGGUAUAUAUUAAUUUUGUUUUAUUUACUAGCAUACUAUCACACUAGCGAAUUUUUUCUCGACAAUAGCGCAUUUAGCACACAGAUGCGUUGGCACGCGGAAGCGAAACGAUAAGCAAUUUUAUGUUUAUGACACUGAGGUACACCGCGUGCGAAUGUAUAGGUGUGCUAAAGUUGUAAGAUUUUAUGUAGGAAUACCAUUAUAUUAUUAUAACGAAAUUUUAAGGCGAAAGCAUACUUAUGAAGAGUGACGCGAUUCGAUAGAAGACACGUCAUGCCAUCUAAUAAAAUCUUAGUAUUUUCUUCAAUCAUCUCACAACUUAUUUCUAAUUAUAGAAAACUGCCCUUAAAGAUACAUUAAAUAAAGAAUUAAUUAAAUUCUAGAUCAAGAAUUUAGACAAAAAAUCGAGGCAACUGAUUAGAAAUUUGGAAAAAAUAAAUUGAUAGUGUGAUGUUAUGCUUACUAUAGUUUUUUUUUGUAUAUAGUUGUUUUGUUUGUUUAUUUAUUGUUUUUUAAGACCAUAUUUUCUUGAAUUUUUUCUUGUACCGUAACCGCAUAUUUACUUUUUAAUAAAAAAUAUUUGUAACAUAUUGUAGAUGUAUUUUCACUUCUUUUUUUAUUUAAAUUAUUGUAUAAUAUUAUUAAUUUAAAAAAAAUCGCAUGGAUAUGACAAAGUGGCAAUGUAUACUAAAAGUGAUAUUUUUGUAUUUCGCGUUCCUGUUUCAUCAAAAAAAUACCUCGUAACUUUAGUGUAGCAAGAAAAAAGUUGCCGCGACGUUAUUUUCUUUGUGAACCAAACGCGAAAUGUUUGUAGUAUAAUCGAGUAUCUGGUCGAAAUAAUGUUUUUAAAGCGCUAGAUAACGGAUACUUCUAUUAUAUACGCUUUAGGGUAGGCUUUUGUAGUCUGUGACGUCAGAAAAUAGUGCAAAUACCGAUUUUGUGAUAUCUGUUGAACAAUCCGCGUGCGUUCAUACAUGGUGUUUGCGUUUAUUUUCACGUCACAGGAGUUCUAUACAUUUUAACACAUCACAUAUCUUAUCUACUCAUUAGCUACAAUUUUUUACUGAGCGUUGGUGGACCAUGUUGAACAAAUUGUUGACUUGCAACUAGUGGCGUGCUCUCCGUAAAGACAGACAGGCAGGGCAUACCAUGAUUAUUUCAUCAGUUAUUACUAUCCAUUUUGCAUCAAUAUUUUUGGUAAAUCUCAAAUAGAAAUAACUGAGUUUAACGGUAAAAAUAAAAAUAUAUGAAUGAAAUCAUGGAAUCUGUUGACUAAAUUUUUAA